UAUACCGUGGUCACCUGACCGCGCUGCCAGGCUGCGCACGUCGAGAGAAGAGCCCUUUGCCGUGUUGUGUCAGGAAGAAAUGGAAGCUGGCAAUGCACGAAUUUGAUCAUUCAGAGAUCCGAACAGUUGAGUCUGUGAAUGGCGCCAAAACAGGACCCUAAACCUAAAUUUCAAGAAGGUGAAAGAGUUCUGUGUUUUCAUGGGCCAUUGCUUUACGAAGCAAAGGCAGUGAAAACCAAUAUCAGAGAAGCAAUUAAGUACUUCAUUCAUUACAGUGGAUGGAACAAAAACUGGGAUGAAUGGGUUCCUGAAAGCAGAGUUCUCAAAUAUGUGGACAGCAACCUGCAGAAACAAAAAGAGCUUCAAAAGGCUAAUCAAAAUGCCGACGAUGACUCGAAGAUGGGAGAACAUAAAAAGCAUUAUGAUGGAGGAAAGAUGAGGGGUGUAGCACCGAGCAAGAAGAUUGCUGCUGUGCAGCAGAAAAAUGUUGAUCUGAAAGCGAAAAAGACUAAACUAAAGACACCAGCGGCUGGAGAAGGUACCAGCACAGGAGAGAUGCCACAGCCACCGCGGAAGAAGAGGGCUCGUUGCGACCCAACUGUGGAGAGUGAGGAGACAUUCAUCAACCGUGUGGAGGUAAAGGUGAAGAUUCCUGAGGAGCUGAAGCCGUGGCUGGUGGAUGACUGGGACCUUAUUACCAGACAGAAGCAGCUUUUUCACCUGCCCGCGAGAAAGAAUGUGGAUAGUGUCUUGGAGGACUAUGCAAGCUAUAAGAAAUCAAGAGGAACUUCAGAAAGCAAGGAGUAUGCUGUGAACGAGGUGGUGGCAGGGAUCAGGGAGUACUUCAACGUCAUGCUGGGCACCCAGCUGCUCUAUAAGUUUGAGAGGCCCCAGUAUGCAGAGAUACUGGCGGAUCACCCCGACACACCCAUGUCCCAGGUCUACGGGGGCCCGCACCUGCUCCGGCUUUUUGUGAGAAUUGGCUCCAUGCUUGCCUACACUCCCCUGGAUGAGAAAAGCCUGGCUCUGCUGCUCAACUACCUGCAGGAUUUUCUCAAGUAUCUAAUGAAGAACUCCUCCCUCUUCAGUGCCAGCGACUACGAGGUAGCGCCCCCAGAGUACCAUAGGAAAGCCGUCUGAGAGGAAGGUGCAGUGGGGAGGGGGGGGGCGAUCGACCCAUUCG